AUGAAGUACAAGGCGAGUACGUUGAUGGCAGUUAGUCUUGCCGGGUCGGUGAUAACGGUGUUCAUGCUUGUGAGGUUAUUUAUACAUGGUCGUGGGGUGUCUUUAUUCCAGACGCACUAUGUGCCGAACUUCAAAAACGUUCCAGGGGUUGAUUAUUAUGACUUGAGCAACUACCAGGGCAAUAAGGAUGGGUGGCAACGUGCCGACCGGGUGUUGUUUUGUGUUCCUCUUCGAGAUGCGGCCAACCAUUUGCCGAUGUUCUUCAAGCAUUUGAAGUCGAUGACAUACCCGCACAAUCUGAUUGAUCUUUCGUUUCUUGUGAGUGAUUCCACGGAUGAUACCAUGGGUGUGCUUUUGAACAGUCUGCAUGAUUUGCAAUCGCAGGCAGAUGGCACUAAGCGGUUUGGUGACAUUGAGAUUUUUCAGAAGGACUUUGGGCAGAUCAUUGGGCAGUCGUUUUCGGAUAGACAUGGGUUUGCAGCGCAGGGGCCUCGGCGGAAGCUGAUGGCGAGGGCACGUAAUUGGCUUGGGUCGGCAGCGAUCAAGCCUUAUCAUUCGUGGGUGUAUUGGCGUGAUGUGGAUGUGGAGUAUGUGCCCGAGACCAUCCUAGAAGACUUGAUGCACCAUGACAAGGAUAUCAUUGUUCCCAAUGUUUGGCGCCCGUUGCCCAAAUGGCUUAACUAUAUCCAGCCGUAUGAUUUGAACUCGUGGGUUGAGUCCGAAGGUGGCCUGCAGCUUGCGGCGUCUUUGAAGGAGGACGAUGUCAUCGUGGAGGGGUAUCCGGAAUAUGCUACCUGGCGGGUGCAUCUAGCUUACAUGCGCGACCCAAACGGCGACCCGGAGACGGAGAUGGAGUUGGACGGCAUCGGCGGUGUUUCUAUCUUAUCCAAGGCUAAGGUCUUUAGAACAGGUUCUCAUUUCCCAGCUUUCUCGUUUGAAAAGCACGCAGAAACGGAAGCCUUUGGUAAGCUAUCACGCCGCAUGAAAUACAGCGUCGUCGGGCUCCCCCACUAUGUUAUAUGGCACGUGUACGAGCCUUCCUCUGAUGACUUAAAACAUAUGGCCUGGAUGGCUGAAGAAGAACAACGUAAAAUGGAAGAGGCAAAGAUCCGCGAGUUCUACGCCAAAAUUUGGGACAUAGGUUUUGACGACGUCAGGGACGACUGGGAAAUAGAACGUGCUCGUAUAUUGAAGAACGUCGACCCCAACGUUUUGGAUAGAAAAAUCCAGGUUGACUGGUCCGACGACGAUAGUGUCCCUUACACUGAAGAUUUAGACACGAGGAAGGACAACAGAAAUAGGGAUGGCAAGGUACCGGUCGACUUCGAUCCCGACCACAACUAA